AUGACUACUGGAUCCAUAAAUAUUCUUACUAUUGAUUUCAAACGCACCGAACGUAUUGGGUUAACAACAGCUCUUCGAGAGUAUAUUUCUUACCAUUACAAUGAUCACCCAGACAACUUUACGGAUGAUUUUCGCGUUCUCGACGAGUUAAGAAAUGAUUGUUUGAAUUUGGAGGUGCAUCAGAACGCCCUCCAUCGGUUGUUAAAAUAUUAUGGACAAUUGGUUUUUAUCGGAUCAAAGUUUCCCAUUGAUUUUGGCAUAGAAUUUCCUUGGUAUUCAGCUUUUUCCGAUGAAAAAAGGCCGAAGAAUAGGACAACCCCUGAGGGAGUUAAACGAGCGUGCCAGCAUUUUCAAUAUGCUGCUGGGUGCUUCAAACAUUUAAAUGAGGUCAUAGUAGCAGAAAUGCGUAUUGCACCACCUUUAGAUCUAUCAUCUGACAUGUUAAAGGUAUUGACUAACACGAUGCUUGCACAAGCUCAAGAAUGCUUUUGGCAAAAGGCUGUUCAUGACAAAUACAAGGAUGGGACGGUUGCAAAGUUAGCUAAUCAAGUAUCCAUAUAUUAUGAACAUGCACAUGAGAUUGCUUCAAAUAACUCAGAAAUUGCAAAUAUAUUUGGGCAAGGAUGGUUAACACAUUUACAAGUUAAGUCCUGGCAUUUUCAUGCAGCUGCAGAAUUUAGGAAAUCAUCUGAAUGUAUUAGUCAGAAUAAAUAUGGUGAAGAAAUCGCUAGGUUGCAAGUUUGUCAAGAGUAUAUUAAAAAAGGUUUAGAUCAAUGUAGACAUUUGCGUGAAGCAGUUAUAAAAGAUUUAGAGUCAGUACAGGCUGCCGUACAAUCAAAUCUUAAACGAGCUCUGAAGGAUAAUGAUAUUAUUUAUCUUCAAAUGGUUCCAUCCUCUUUGUCAUUAACUUCUAUUGGUAAAGCCAAUAUGGCUACUCCAAAUAUUCCACCAGAAGUUAAAGACCCUAUUUCUUUGAUGAAUGAAAGAUCUAUUUUGGGUGUACCUUUGUUUGUAAAACUCGUCCCUUAUGCGGUUCAUCAAGCUCAUAGUGUAUAUUCCGAUCGUAAGGAAAAGUUGGUGAGGGAUGAGAUUUUAUCUAAACUUCACGAGUUGAUAAAUAUUUGUAACAGUACAUUACGGUCUUUGAACUUGCCCGCAGCACUUAAUGAGGUUGAUCAGCGUUCACAAAUACCACCAUCCAUUUUAUCUAUGUCUCGAGAAGUUCGUAAUGAAGGAGGUUUAGCAAGAUUGAAUGCCAUGUUUGAUACAUUACAAGAUAAAUCUAGAAUUGUCUAUCAAACUUUAGAUGAGGCGCUUGCUUUUUUGGAUCAAGAAUGCACUGAUGAUGAAGAAUUUAGAAAUAAAUUUGGUGAAAAAUGGACUCGGCCUCCCUCAUUGUCAGCAAAUAAAGAAUUGACUGAAAAAGCGGAAAGCUAUAGAAAGGUUUAUGAUCAGGCUUAUAAAAGUAAUAAAAUUCUUCAAAAUGGAUUGGAACAACAAUCCGAAGCUUUAGAUAUAUUGAGCUCUGAUCGAGAGAUACUGGAAGAACGCGUCCCUCCGGAAAUAACAUCUGAAUCUGAUGUAGAUGAUGUAGAUGGAGUUCAAAAAAUCAAAGAUGAUUUACGAGCUUUAAUAAAUCAAUCCUUCCAAAUAACGAGAGAAUGCGAAACUAAAAUUCAAGAAGUAAAAAAGACUGCAGAUUUAGAUGAUAUUGCUCCCAUAUUGCUUAAAGAAGCUGCCAAAAUAACUUCUGCUAGCAACACAUCCAUAAAACUCGAACCUGCUCAUUUUGAAGAUUUGUUUAAUGAACAAUUGAAAAAAUAUGAUAAAUACUUAUUGACAAGUAACAAAUUAUCCGAUAUUCAAGACAACGAGAAAUUCGAGGAGUAUAAUAAAAGACGAAGAAUGGCGUCGACCAAUCAGAAGCGAGCUCAGUUUAUACAAAUGCUUGGGAAUGGAUAUAAAUGUUUCAUUAAUAUACUUCAACGAUUACAGGAAGGAAUGGCGCAAAAUUGUCAAGCUUUUGCCACUCAACGAAGAAAAGAAGCUGAACGAUUUUCAAAUGUACUUUUGGGAUCGACGAGAAAUUUCGAUAUUUCACAACCUGCAUCUCCUGUUCCUAACCUAUGGAACAAAGGAAUGCCUAUAUCAUUUUCACCUACAUCACGUGGAUAUCAAAGACCACCACAACCGCCACCACAAUGA